AUGGAGGAAGCUUUAACAGCUUUAAAAGAGAAUAGCAUUUCUUAAGCAAUAAAAAAAUUUGAAAGACAAAAAAUUGAGAAUGAAGGAGCUAAAGUUCUUCUAAGUAAAAUUAAUGAGUUUUACUAAUCAUAAAGAGAGAUGGCUUGUAAUUGGAUAGUUGGAAAGGAACAAAUUUCAUCAGAAUGUAAAUUUCGAGCGUAUAAUAUCUUAGGUAUCAACUUAUAUAUAAUAAGGUUGUACCUUAGAUUAAGAAAAAGAGAAAUUGACAAAUUUUACAUUCGCAUUAAAAAUCGGUAUUAACAAUCAUUUUGACAUCUCUGACACUCUGAUAAAUUUUCAAAAGAUGUGUCUACGUUUCUAAAAAUAUGAACUCAUCAUAAAAUAUGCUAAAUAUUCCAAUUCAUUUGAAGGAAGACAUAAAGUAGUAGCCUUAUACAAUUAAGCUAAAGGACAUCUUGGGUUAAAUCAAAUAACAUAAUGCAAAGAAUAUUCGCAAUUUGCUUAUUAAGAAUGUAGAAAGCUUUAUGGGCCGAAAGAUUCUAUGACCUUACGUUUAGAAGAAUAUUUAAAUCUAUUAGAAUAAAACUUAGAUUUAUGUUAAAACUAUCGAGCGCCUAAUGAUCUCAAUCAAUCAAGAUUAUCACUUUAGAAUAGUUAAUUAGGAACUAAUUCAAAUUUUGUUAAAACUUUUACCUAAUUUGAUAUUCCAAAUAUAUUAAAUGAAGUCAAAAGGGAAGACCCUAAUACAUAAGAAUUAAGAGCAGAGUUUUGUUAUUAAAAUAAAAAAACAAAUACAAUAGAGAACUAAAUUUUCUGUCGCGAUUUAAUCUAAGAGUUUUUCGGUUUUGCAGAUAUCUCUAUAAUAAUAAGGAAUAUAAAGCCUAAUUCAACUUGCUCAGCAUUAUUUUAAGACUAUUAAAAUGUUCUCUAAGAAAUUCUAGAUGAAGGGGAGAUAUAAAAUAAUAAAAUAUCUCAAAUAAACAACAUUUCAGAUGAAACUACUAAAAACAAUGCGUUUACAUACUAAUUAACGCCUCAAAAUGAGAAUAAUAUAUCUUAAUUAGAUAAAAUGAUCUAUCUUUAAAGAGCAUAAAUUUAAGGCUUUCUUAUCUAAAGUGUUUAAAAAGAUAUCAAUUUAAAAUUAGAUGAAAAGCUAUUCUAAUAUCAAGUCAAAGGGUCUAAAUCAAAACAAGAUGAAAUAAAUGAUUUCUUCCAGAAUCUGAAAAAUACUUUGGAUAAUAUUGUAAUAUUAACAUAUCAAUGCUAAUCCGAGGUAGAAGCAGUUAGAAUUCUAAGCAUUUUAAAAUAAAAGAUUAUUUAUAAAAAUAUUAGCAAACAGCUGAAUGUAGAAGAUUUAGAUAUAAUGUUAUCAUAUGAAAUCAAUCUUAGUGAUUUUUCAAUUUAUCCUACUUUAUUAAUAUAGGCUUAAAAAUUAAAAUCAAAUACAAACUCAAUUAUCGUAAUUUGUAAGCUAAAAAAUCCAUUUAACCUUUAGUAACUCUAGAAUUAGUUUCAAGGGUUGGUCUAAAAAUCUUAAUAUUUAUAAUUAAUAAAGGAUUAAUUUGAUAUAGAACUUGCAUUUAAUCCUGAUGUAAAUGCUAUAGAUCAAAAAAUAAAGUAACUUGAGUAGAAUGAAGAAUAGUUUGAGAUAUCAGUAUCUUAACCAGAACUUAAUGUUGGAAAUAAAAAAAUGUUUGUUGUUAAUUCAGUAAUUUAAUUCUGGAUGGAUACUAAGACUUAAUCGAUGGAUGAAGUUCAAUAAAUAUUUACAAGAAUAAAAAAUUUAAUAUAUUAAAUCUAUUUUCCAACCCUGAAUAUUACUGUAAAUGAUGAAAAGCAAAUGAAAUUAUGGUAAAAUUUCUUAUAUCAAUUUCAUCCUAAUAAUCCAAAAGAAUCUUACAUUAUUAAUACAUAGUUAUUAAUAGAAAUAUAAGGAGAGUCUACCAAAAUAGAAGGCAAAUAUAAAUCAAUUACAAAAGAUUUAACAGAAUUUUAGUUUAAAAGAUUUUCCUUUGAUGUUCAAGAAGCUAUUGCGAAAGCUCUAGCAGAAGAACAAAAUUUUGAAAAUCAAUUUAAAUCUAGUUUAGAAAGAAUUUCGAAAAAAUAGGGUCAAUGUCUAAUUUAAAUUGUUGGGAUUAGUAGUAAUAAAAUUUUAGUUGACGUCUAUGUAAAUGAUAAAACAAAAUUAAAUAAUAUUUAAAAUGAUCUUUAAAAAGAUUUCUUUGAUAAAUUAUGUAUCCAUGUAGAAAAGAACCUUGACAUUGAUGAUUUAUAUGCUUAUUUAGGAAUGGAGAAAUAAUAGUUCAAAGCUGAAUAUGAAGUCGAAGUACAUAAGUGUAAUAAAGAGUAUAUAUUCAUUUCCUUAAAUCUACUUUUGGAUGAGGUCAAACAACUAAUUGAGUUCACAAAAUAAGAUCUAAAAGAAAACAUAAAAACUAAAUGUAUUGAGUGCUUAAAUACCCUUGUAUUUGUUGAAUUAAGAAAAAAGUAUGUACAUGAAUCAACUUACGGAAAUGAGGAAAUUAAAAUCAAUUUUGCCUAAAAUAACAAAAUCAUAAUCAAAGUUUAGAAAUAAGAGUUAUUAAAAACAACAUCUGAGACAAUUGUUUCUAAUAUGAAGAUACUUGAAAAUUAAUUAAUAAGUAAAGUUUGUACAUUUUAAGAAAAACAGAUGAAAUUUUUCAAAAAGAAUUUCGAAUCUUAGUACAAAGAUGUAGAAAAUGAGAAGUCGGUUGCAAUAAAAUUUUAGACCAAUUAAUUUUCAAUAAUAUCUAAAGUCUUAUUCCAAGAUAAAAAACUGUAUCUGAUUUAGGCCAAUAUUAUUUCAUUAGAAUGCGAUGCUAUAGUAAAUUUUCAUUGUUCAAACAAAUACAAUUUGGGGGUUAGCAGUUUAACACAAGAAAUUUUAGAUUUUGGAGGUACAUUGUAUUAACAAUAUUUUCUUGAACUUUUAACAAACAAUAUUCCUUCAUUAAAUUUAAUUGAAAUCACAAUUUCUGAAUUAGGUUCAUUUCGAAAUAUCCGUUAUAUUAUCAAUUUAAUUAUUCCUUCUUAAAGCAUCUUGGGUAAUAAUAAUCCUUAAACAAUAUAAUAAAUUUUUGAUCGUCUGUUCGAUCACAUUUAAAACAAAUAUUAAAUCUCUAGAUUAGCUAUUCCGAUAUUUAAUAUUUGUGGAAAUACUUAUGCUUAAAAUAUUUAAACUUAUCUUAAUGCUAUAAUUUAGAGAUUAUUCAAUAAUGAACAUCCAGUCAACUAAAUAUAUUUAGCUGAAAUAGAUCAAUCAAGAAUUAAAAUUGUAGAUUCUGUACUUUCAGAUAUUUCAAAAAUUUCUCCAAAUAGUCACCCAAAAUAUUAAUGGCAAUGGAGAGAUAAAAUUAAUUUUGCAAAUUAUAAUGAGGAUAUCAAUAAAUAAAUAGAUGAUGCUUAUGAAAUAUUUGAAAAAUCCUAAUAAGAAAUAAUUAUUGAUUUAAAAUUUCAGAUUGAAAGCAAACCAAGUACUCAUUCUGUUGAUUUAAAAAAUUUAAAAAUAAAAGAAUUAUCAUCUAAUUUUGAAUAGAAAAUUAUAUUCCAAAGAUAAAAGAAUAAAAUAAGUUAUUUCAUUAACGAUGAAGAACUUGAAUAGGAACUAACAUAAUAUUUUAUCAAUAUGUACAAUAAAAAAUGUUAUUUAUUUGACAUCUUUUGGAAAAAUUUGUAAAUAGUUUUUAAUAACUAAGGCAUGUAUUAACUGAAUACAAAGACAAAUUAUUAAAGAAUAAUUUAAAAAAUUCCAUAUUAGCAAGGCAGAAUGGAAUCUAAAAUAACUUAUGAAUUGAAUAUUAAUUAGAUUUAAGAAUGCUAAAAUUAAAUUGUAAUUUAAUCUUUCGAUUCUGAUUUGAAUGAUAUGAUUUUAAAAGAGAUUAAGGAAAAAUUGUCGCAAUCUUUAACUACAUAACGCUUAGUUUUACCUUAAUUAAGCAAUAACGAAUUAAAAAAUUUUACUGGAUACAUAGAAAGCUUAGCUUAAAGUAUUCAAGGUAGAAUGAUGUCAGGAUAAACAAUUAAUGUUCAAAUUUUUAAAAAUAAAGAAAAAAAGUUGUUUCAACAAUUAGAAUUAGUCAAAACUUACGCAAAGGAAUAUCCUAAGAAUUGGAAAGCCUAAACAGAAAAUUACAUCAAAGUUCUCCUUGAUUAAAAUUCCUAGGAAUAUAAUAAAAUUAAAAAUCUUUUUUAGAAAACAGAUAAGGGAUCUAUCAAAGCUAUUUUUAGGAUAUAGAAUAAAGCAUUAUGGGAUAAUUAUAUUUUAGAAAGGAAAAAGUUAUUUGAUAUUUAUGAAAAAUAAAAAUAAUUAUUACUUCCAUAAGAACGGGAGAGAUAUCUAUGGCAUGGAGUAUCUUCAUAACACCCAUAAGUAAUAUACUUGAGUUUGGCAGAAGCUUUUGAUGUUUCAUAUAGUAGAGUAAUAAAUUUAAUGAAAAUAGGUUGGAUUAUGGGGAGAUGGUAUUUAUUUUGCUGAAAAUGCCUCAUACUCCAGAAAUUAUUCUUAUAAAAUAUAAACUCAGGAUGAUCCUAAAUAUGCUGGCAAUCUUGUAUUUUUAUGUUGCUUAGUUACAACUGGUAAAGCUGAAGAUAGACAAUAAAAUACUAAUAUUAGAAAACCAAGCGAUGGAUUUGAUUGUGUUACUGGAUUUACAAAUGGUAGCAACAUAUUCGUUAUAUAUUAAAUGCAUGUAAGAAGAGCAUACCCAGCAUAUGAAGUCAUAUAUUCAUGA